CUAGGCUUUCCGUGUUGGUAAAACGUUGUAGCAGGUUGAUGUCAAAAUGGCAGAGCUAACAACACUAGAGAGUCUUCUGGAGAUGGGCUUUGGCAGAAACAGAGCGGAGAAAGCUGUGGCCAAUACAGGAAACCAGGGGAUAGAGCAAGCCAUGGACUGGUUAAUGGAACAUGAGAAUGACCCAGACAUCGAUGAGCCUUACGUUCCUCCUGUUUUAGGAGGAGAGGCAGAUAGUCAGACCAGCGCAGAGCAGCCGACAGCAGGGGACACAGGUGACACAGGUGAAGUAAUCGCAGAGGGAGAUGACAUGGAUGGCGAUAACCCGGAGGGUUCAAAGCAGCCAAUGACAGAGGAGGAGAAACGCGAGCAAGUCAAAAGACUAGAGGAGCUGAUGCGAAUGAAGCAGGCGGAGAGAAGAGAGCGCGAGCGAGCCGAGGAGGUGGAGCGAGAGAAGCAGCGAAGGAGGCAGGGCCAGGAGCUGCAGCAGAUACGGCAGAAGAUACAGGACGAUGAAAUGAAGAAGCUUGCAGACCAGCGGAGGAAAGAGAAGAUGGAAGACAAACUGGCUAGGCAAAGGGUUAAAGACAAAAUCGCACGAGACCGAGAGGAGAGAGCACAGAAGUUUGGAGGUGGGGCACCUUCGAGCACAGCGACAUCAUCUCAGCCUACCCCACCCAGUCCGUCGUCACCUUCCGGUCAGGGCCCUCCACCCACAAAGAGGGAGUAUGAUGAGUCCAGGAUACAGGUCCGUCUGCUGGACGGCUCCACCAUCAACACGGUCUUCAAGGCCCAGGAGCCGCUGGCGGCAGUGCGUGUCUACGUGCAGAUGAACAGCAGCACACCUGAGGGUCAGGACUUUACGCUGCUGUCGCCCUACCCGCGCCACGUUUACACUGAAAUGGACAUGGAGAAGCCUCUUAAAGAGCUGGGUUUGGUGCCUUCAGCUGUGCUGGUUGUCACCAAAAAGUGAGAAGGAUCUGCUCUGUGAGCCUACCUCACCACUACCACGAUGUGAACACAAGAAUCGGCCCAAACAGACCGGUCCAGGAGCAGAGCUGCCAUCUGCUAGUAUCACUCAACAAGCCAGCUAACUGAACCUAAGCAGAGACACGGUGAAGCUGUAUUCAGACAUGUAUGAGCUCCUCAGACAUUGAUGUGGGUUUGGUUUUUAAAGACUGACUGAAUGCAGCUUCGGUUCUGCAACACGAUAGGCGCUGAACAGGACCUUGACCUCAGCUGAUUGAACUGAAGAUAGCUGGCUUCUGACUGAUACUUGAAGGAUCUCUCGUGGUUUCAACACAUUUAUAUAAAAAAAUUGCACAGAACCAAGUCCUUCAGUUUUAACCCGACCCCUUGUGUUGCUAAAGAAUAUGUACUAAAGUGGUUCUGAAAGGGCCUUAGGUUUAAUAUCUGUAAUCUUCCUGAUUUUGUGACAUUUACUUUGCCAUUUUUUUAAUAAGUUCAGAUUUGCUGAAAGCCAUGUUCACAGGGAACCGACUACAAUAAAGCUGGCUGGGAUAAUUGA